UAGUGUUGAAAUGGACAAAAUUGAAUCCAAAACCGAAAAUCCCUUCGUAACAGUCGAAAGAAACACAGAAAUCUUAACACUGGAUAUGAAUCCAGUUAUCCCAAGAUGCAAGAGCGAUGCUAGCGCAGUAACUGUAUUGAAGAGACCAACCUCUCUUCUAUACAACCGAGAUACAAUGAAAAUGCGCACCGACCGAUUCGCUUUCUUAAAGGAACUUUCCGAAUCUGACCUCACGCCAGCUAUCUCGGAGAAUUGCUCGAUUGCUGAUAUUUUCUCGGAGGCAACGGAACACGCUUUGGAAAGUACCCCGUCGUUAAACCGGCAAGAUUCCUUCGCAAAACCGCUAAAAAUGAAACCGGAGAAGUACCAGGCUAUGGUGAAAAGUACGUUGCCUGCCUUUUACGGUACCACGGAAGAGGACAGUGCUCCAGUAGUAAAAAAGCUUCAGCUUUAUCACCGAGUACUGAAACACGCGGAACCCCGUCCUUAACUCGGCAUUACAAUGACCCCUAUGACGCCACCUCUAACAAGAGUUAUUCCCUGCCGGCCAACUGCAAACUCGAUUAUGCAUUCUUCGAGGCCGAGGCCAACGGUUCGGACUCCGGCUCUGUCGGAACCCCCACCUCAAGUUACGUCACGGCGGUCGGUGACCUCCUUGCGGCCGAAGAGGCGAAAGCGAAACGCCACUCUGCGGUUUCGCGUGAAAGUGCAGCAUCUAGCGGGACAGUUAUCGCCAGCGAUGAAGAACCGAUUUACUCCGACGAGGACGAGGCGACGUUCUACGAAGCGAGACGACGGCUGAGCGAAGACUUGUCAUCGGGAAUGCAUGACUCGUCGUCCGAGGAUGCUGCAGCAACUCGUCACCUCCGUUCAGUGAUACGUUCACGGUCAUUGGACCGUAAUCAGCCGGCAGCCACGGUAAAGCUUCACCGACCUACUCUACAAGCACCGGUAUCCUUCAUCUGCUGUAACCCAGCUCGUGCCGUAAUGGCCACGGACAACGUGAUAAAAGCACCGAUGAUUACCAUAACUCAUGACCCAACGUGCAUUCGUAUUGCUGACGGCAUUGGGCCGCGUUACGAACACCUGACGUCACCAUCAUCCUACAGCAGAUCAUCUUCUUCCGCAUCUAUCUUAAGCAAGCACUCGCACCUCACCGAGGAUUCGGAGCCAUCAGCCUGCAGCUCAAGAAGUUCCUCUGUCCCAUCUUCCCCCGCAUCCUCACCCAGACUUCCUCAUUCAAGCAAAACUCGAUUCAGAACGCAACGAGAAAAAGAAACGAAAUUUGCUGAGAGACAAGCUGCAGACGCAUGCAACUGGCUGAGAGCUGCUGGAUUUCCCCAAUACGCGCAUUUCUACGAAGCGGGGCUAUUUCCUGUCGACAUUGCCAGCGUCAGCGGGGACCACGAUUUCCUCGGCCAGGAACAUAUCGCAGCUCUUGUGAGGCGACUCAAUGUGCUCAACAAAUGUGCAAGUAUGAGAUUGGAUAAAGCGGUGGCUAAGGAAAGCCAGACUGAUGAAGACGACGACGAUGACGACGACGAAUGCGCCAUCAGUGAGUUCUGGCACUUCGAGGGCGGUGAACACAGGUGGUCGAGGUUGGAUAGCAAGUCAUCUAACAUCACCAGUCCCAACGGUCGAAUGUUAUCUUCUGGUUCCGCCCACCUACCCCAUCUUGACGAAACGCUUGAGGACAUGCCCGGAGACGUGUUCACCAACGCUCUGGUUCGGCCAGCCGCGAUUGAGAUCGAGCGACAUAGACAGCAUUACAGCCAGUCCGAACCCAAACAAGCAACAAAAAACAAAAGUUCCAACAGUUUCCUAAAACGAGUCGGUGACCUGAAGAAACUGAGGCCAGGUUCCUUUCGCCGAAAGGACAUUCUUCAGCGAACCAAUUCGUCUGACGCAGCAAUCGAACUUGGGGAAUCAAGAACAAAACCCCGCCACACUACCGACAUUCGAUCCAAACUUGGCCGAAAGAACCGUCGUCUUGUUAUUGGCGAACCGACCCUACAGAGCGGUCACGAAAAAAUUAACAGCAUGCGAUGCGUGCCUAUUGAAGUUUCUCCCCCCACUGGGGCUCCCAGAGGAAGAAAGAAUUCGUCUCAAUCUUUAAUCAGUUCCUCUUCCUCCGCAAGUGGAAGUGCAAGUUCGUCAUCUACUCCCGCAUCCCGGAUGCGAGGAUUUGCAGAGGACCGAACCACGCGUUCCGAUCCCGGUGAACUUAACUCGACAUCUCCCCGCCUUCUAGAGCAUAAUCGUGUAACUCUGGAGCUUAACGCGGCGAAGACACGAAACCCAACACCACCAAUUCGUGAACCCCUCUUCGUAAUGCCGAAAGGUUACAAACCUGGUACAUUCCCCUCCGGUUUGGUUGAAAUGACGGACGAAGAGCCUCCAACCUCACCGUCCUCCGGUUUCGUUUCCAACUCCUCUUCAUCACGGAGCAGAUCAACCUCCGACUCCUUCCACGCUUCCCAAGCUUCGGAGCCAACCGGAAGAUUGGUACGACCGAUGAGCAUCUACGACAACCUUCCCGACACUGUUUUAACAAGUGGCGCUUCCGCCCAAGAUUUCCUCGAUAUUAUGGACCCCAGUACACUGGUCGGUGCAAUGCCAGUGAAUGACUCUGGUGUUUUUGACGGCAGUCAGGAGUCAUUAGAUGCUCCCGGUGUGUUGGACUCUGCAUUCUGGAGCGUUGAUCAGAUCGUCGAGCAAACUCAGUCAUUGCAGCAAAUGGUUCAACAAAUGGAAGAAAUCCAUGAUGACACAGUAGAGCCGACAACGGUCAACUCCCUUGAGAGUUUACCUUGUCAGUUUAACAGUGCCAUGGAAACUCUGCCAUCCUAUAGCUCCGAGAACGUAUCUGUCACCGAGGAUGAAUCCGAAGCACUCUCCACAUCCGACCAACUGCCCCUCUCCAGACAACCCCGUCUACGAUGGUCGAGCUUUAAUCUCGACCACACAGCCAGCACGAGCUCGGAGAGUCUGCAGAUUCACAAUCUAUCUGUCGGUCAACUCAUGAUCCUUCGAAAGCUGUCGGUCCUCAAGCUGACAGCGCUCAUGGAAAGUUACGCAUCAAACAACAACAAAGGCUCGCUCAACUGGUCGGUCCCUCGGUUCAUUCGCCGCAUCAAAGUACCAGACUACAAAGACAGGGCGGUGUUCGGCGUUCCGCUUCUUCAUAACGUGCAACGCUUCGGCCAACCAUUACCUCAGUGCAUACAGCGCGCCCUUGCAUACCUCCGGCGAACAGCACUUGAUCAAGUGGGCCUCUUCCGCAAGCCUGGAGUCCGGUCUCGCAUCCAGAAGCUUCGUGCGAGUUGCGAGAACAACCCCGAAUUGAGCAGUUUUGACGACUGCACAGCUUUUGACGUUGCUGAUAUGGUUAAGCAAUAUUUCCGUGAGCUUCCUGACCCACUGAUGACGAUGAAACUUUCCGACACAUACGUUGGAAUUUUCCUAUAUGUCCCUGAAGAGCUCCGCCUCCAAACGCUUCAAGCAGCAACUAUGCUUCUUCCUGACGAAACCCGUGAGACACUGAAAACGCUUCUAUGCUUUCUCAGUGACGUCGCAUCUCGUUCAAGUGAAAAUCACAUGAACGAAACCAACCUUGCAACUUGCUUCGCCCCUUCCCUCUUUCACCAACAAUACGGAAGCUUAAAGACUAUGACAUCUGCAUCGCCAAAAAUACGAAAACAACAGAAAGUCCCCGGUGCAUCACUCGGUAGACCUGAUAUUAAGGAAAUGAAUGAGAACAUGGCCGCCAACCAAUGUUUAGCCUUUAUGAUCUGCCAAGUGAAAAACCUCUUCCGGAUCCCAGAAGAUGCGAUGACGCAGUGUCGAAUGUCAGUGAUGCAGCAGGCGGAAGACGUUCUCGCAUCCGAGAUCGGAUACUCUGCCUCCGAUUUAGUUGUCGAGGGCGAUAACCACGCGGAUUAUCAUUCAUACGUUGACCGUACGGUGCUCCAAACUAUGAGGGAAGAGCAAAGAAUCUCACAAAAUAAAGGAGGUUGGCAGAAUGUGCCCAGCUCAGCAGGAAGCGAUCUAUCUUGCAAAAAGAUGCAUGAUGGAAACCCGUUGCGACUGUGGCGAUGUCAGGUUGAGGUAUCUGGUGCGACGGAGGAGCAAUUACUAGAGCGUAUCCUCCACGAGAGGCAUGUUUGGGACGACGACCUUAUACAGUGGAAAGUCCUCAAGCGUCCGGAUGAAAGAACUCAACUCUUCCAAACCGCAAGAGCAGAAAUGAGUCCUCACCCAACGAGGGAUUACUGCGUUUUAAGAUCAUGGCGAAGAAAUGUGAACUCCCGCGGUGCUUCGGUCAUCGUUGAAACAUCAACCAGCAAUCCAUCGAUGCUUGGUGAUGUACGCGGUGUCAUUCUUGCCUCUCGGUACGUCAUCGAGCCCACAGACGAUCCUCUCACAUGUCAGUUGACGCACGUCUGUCGGGUGGACACCAAAGGCCGUAACCCGGAGUGGUACAAUAAAGCGUACGGCCACGUCGUGGUCCAACAGCUUCUACGAAUCCGUGAUUCUGUUCGAGUUAUGCCUCCUAAGACAUGAGACGAUCUUAGGCGAGCAGUCAGUCAACAUUGGAGUCGGAGUUGGAGCCACGGAGUCGAGCGGUUCGCGUUGGUGUUAUACUCGUUCCAUACCGUCAACCAAUACAAAUGUUCAUGAUGUAAACGAUUACACACUUCCCACUAAACCUCAAGACUUCAUUGAAUAACACUGCCGUUUGCGGUCAGCAUCUUUCCUACGCAUCGCUUCCUAAGCCCCGAAUACACCAGUCGUUACCGCUUUAGAUGCACUGAGAUUUUGCGUUGUUCUUUAUUCUGUUUUACUUCUUUUUUUUAUGACUUUUGAGUUUGUUCUUAUUAUUCCUGGUGUUGUACCUUCGCCAGUGCUGUUCUCACCUUUAUCGCGUUAUCACAGAGAAUAUAGUAUUUAAAUCGUAAA